AACCUGGCCACACCUCCGGGAUCACUCAACAGCUCCGCCUCCUCGCCGCUGAUUGGCCACCGGAACUGUAGCUCAGGAGAGGCACACAGGCGGCCAAUCACCGGCGAGGAGGUGGAGCUUGGAGAGGAGGAGCCGAGCGGCAGAGCGCGCAGAUCGAAGAAGAUCGAGGGAGCUGCAGGACCGAGUGAAGAGGAGAGAGGCCAGAGAAGGAAGACAGCUGACAGUUAAGUGCAAAUUUUGCUUCUGCAGGCUGUAGAUGGGAGAGGGAGAGAGAGAGCCCAGGCUGGAGCAGGGGUCAGCAAGGUAAGUAUCAUUGGUGUCAGUGGGAG